AUGGAACCAGGAGCCGGCCGCAACAAGGUUACGAAAAGAUCUUCCAAUGCCUGCGUGAGGUGUCGCCGGCAGAAAAUCAAGUGUUCUGGAUCACAGCCAUGCGAUGCCUGCGGCAAGCGUAAGCAAUCCUGCACAUUCGAUGAGCGCGACCAAAGAAUCGUCGUCACUCGAGGUUAUAUCAUUGACUUACAACAACGGAUUGAACGAUGGGAACGGAGCAAAAGCACAAACGAGCCUUCCCAGGACUCGAUUGAGGCCGCUCUGCCUACCGACAAAACAGAGAGUGGUUGGGGAGCAGAGAGCGAUGUAGGCAUGCCAGGUGCAGAAGGCCCGGCCUCACCUCUGGCCUCGAGAGGUGCCGAGAAACAAGACACUCGGCCGAAACUACCAAUGGACCCCGUGGCCUCAAAUCUCACCAACCCAUUAUCAUCUGGGCAGUCUGAGUUUAUGAAGGCCCCUACUGGGCGAAUAUUCUAUCUAGGAACGUCCUCUAACUGGUCCUUCACUCGUCGCGUACUCAACAUCACGCACCAAUAUGUGAACAAGACUCCUCUUCCGACAAGCGCCUUGAUCUUCGAUGCUGCCGCCUACAUGCUCGAUUGGGACGGCUACAGGAUCGGAGAAGGCCCGGAGAUGCCCGCCCUGCCAACCCUAGACUACGCCAUUUACCUGGUUAACGCAGUGAAGUUUCACUGCAGCCAGAUGUUCCAUCUUUUUGAUGAAGAAUCUUUCAUGAAGUCUCUCUACCAUUUUUAUGCAGAUCCAAACCCGAGAGCUGAUCCCACGGAUUUGUGGUUUAUCCACUUUUUAUUGAUCCUCGCCUUUGGAAAAGCAUUCACUACCAAGGCCAACCGAAGUUCAAAGCCUCCCGGCCAUGACUACUUCAUCAAAGCUGUCCAGCUUCUCCCGGAUCUCAGCGUGCUACUGAGGCAAUCCGCUCUAUCGACCGAAAUUCUCUGCUGCAUUGCUCUUUAUAUGCAAUGCAUCGAUUUUCGACAUUCCUCUCACAACUUCAUUGGCCAGGCCAUAAGGAUGGCAAUGGGAGAGGGCAUGCACACAGAUAUGCCAGUUCAGCAGUUGGGAGAGGCGCAUGUUGAGAGGUGUCGCAGAUUGUGGUGGACAGUCCACAUCUUGGACAGAGAAAUCACAUCCUUGAUGGGACUACCUCCCUCAAUACAUGAAGAUUAUGUUCUAUGUCAGCUUCCCACAUAUUCAGGGUCAACACAACGGACCGCAGCUUUGCGCAUGAGGAUAAAAUUAUCGGAGGUUAUAGGCAGCAUCAACAGGAAGGUAUACGGUCGAGAUGGAAGACUAAAUAACAAGUUCAUGCUGGGGACCAAGGAUGUGCUGGAGAGCAUGGCUGAGGUUGCAAAUGAGCUCCAGCAGUCUUUUGCCUUACCACUCGAGAAAGAUACUAGCUGCAUCUCGAGGAUAUCGGCUCACUUGCACCUCCUUCAUCACCAGUGUAUUGUCCUCGCCACAAGACCUUUACUCUUCUGCUUUCUGAAGGUUCGAUUUGAAUCCGAGAGCAAAUGUGCUGAGCUUCUGGGGGCGUCGCAGACGGUUCGCAAUCUGAUCAAUAUGUGUAUUGAUUCCUCCCAGCAAAUGGUUGCCAUCUUGGAUUGUCUGCUGUCUCAGGGCCUGUUGGAGACCUUCCUCCCGUUCGACCUAGAGGCAACCUUCGUGUCUGCAGGCAGUCUCCUUCUCGGGCCUGCCAUCGACCCACACUCUUUUGAUAACCUUUAUCCGUCGCUCGAGAAAGCAUAUUGCGUUUUUGACGAAAUGAUCGCAGCAGGAAACGCCGUGGCAUCUUUCCACAAAACAGAACUGCAGCAACUUGAAAUCAUGCUGCAGCAGCUGUCCCCAUGCAUGCCGGAGCAGGCGAUGUGCGGUGUGGUCAGCGAUGCUCCUCAGCAGACGCACGCUGAUGACACCAGCCCCAAUGACACUGUUAUUUCGUCGUUGGGGACAGAUGUCUCUCAAAACGAGGGUUACAACUCCUCCAUACCAGGGAACAUGGAAGAAAUGCAGGUUUUUGACAGUGGGCUGACCAUGACACAAUUAUUGGACAUGGCAAAUUCUAUCGAGCAUGAAGACACGGAGUGGAUGUCACAAACAAUUGUUGAGCAUAGCAUUUGGUAA